AUGUCGUCAACUGCUGAAAAUGGAGACACAGUACCUGGCAAACAAAACGAAGAAAAAACCUACAAAAAAACCGCAUCAUCAGCUAUUAAAGGUGCUAUUCAGCUGGGAAUAGGAUACACAGUGGGAAAUCUCACUUCCAAGCCAGAACGCGAUGUCCUCAUGCAAGACUUUUAUGUGGUGGAAAGUGUGUUCCUACCCAGUGAAGGUAGCAACCUGACCCCAGCGCAUCACUACCCAGACUUCAGGUUUAAGACCUACGCUCCACUGGCCUUCCGGUACUUCCGAGAACUCUUCGGUAUCAAGCCUGAUGAUUACUUGGUGCUGGAAAGCUUCAAGAUCAUGGACUACAGCCUUUUGCUAGGCAUCCACAUCUUAGACCAUUCCCAAAAAGAUAAAGAAGAGGAACCCUUACAAAAUGUUCCCGAUGCAAAGCGGCCUGGGAUGCAGAAAGUCCUCUACUCCACAGCCAUGGAAUCCAUCCAGGGUCCAGGCAAGUCUGCAGAUGGCAUCAUUGCAGAGAAUCCAGACACGAUGGGAGGCAUUCCAGCUAAAAGCCAUAAGGGAGAGAAACUGCUUUUAUUCAUGGGCAUUAUUGAUAUCCUCCAAUCAUAUAGAUUAAUGAAGAAGUUAGAACAUUCCUGGAAAGCCCUUGUUUAUGACGGGGACACUGUUUCAGUUCAUAGACCGAGUUUUUAUGCAGAUAGAUUUUUAAAGUUUAUGAAUUCCAGAGUUUUCAAGAAAAUUCAAG